AUGACCGCUGGGAGUAAGCUGCGUUCCGUCUCCAGGAUGUCCGAGAGGGCCCAGGGCUCUGCAGCACUGCAGCGACUGGGAAGGAAAAACAAUCCUGACAAACAUAAUAGUCAGACACAUACGGUCAACAUCAUGAAGCUCUGGACAUCUCUACUCAUGACAUUCCUCUGUAUGCUAAUGUCUGUGCUGGGCGGCAUGAAGGACAAAGCUGACGAUGACACAUUAAUUGAGGAGUGCUGGGGAAAUCCAACAGCCCGUGACUGUACCAACAAGUGCUCUAGAACCUUUAAAUGUGUGAGCAUAAACUCUACAUGCUGCUGGACCUAUUGUGGAAACAUCUGCUGGAAAAAUUAA